GGAUUUUAACCUGUCCAUUUAUUCAGUUUAUCCCUCAAAAUUAACUUUUUACAACCGGUACGUUUUAUCGAUGGCGGAGAGUGUGCGCCCUGAGGACUAUUGUGACGAGCCGGUGGAGGACGAGUUUGGAGAAAUCAUUAAGUGUCGAUCUGAUGAAAGAGAAGACGUUCAGAAGAAGACUUUCACAAAAUGGGUAAACUCUCAGUUAGCUAAGACAGGGAAGCCACCUGUGGAGGACCUGUUCUCAGACCUGUGUGAUGGACGACGCCUGCUGGAGCUGUUGGAGGGACUAACAGGACAUGAGCUGGUGAAGUUAGAAAGAGGAUUCACGCGUGUUCACUCGCUCAACAAUGUUAACCGUGCUCUGCAGAUCUUGCAGAAGAACAAUGUUGAACUGGUGAAUAUUGGAGCAGCGGACAUUGUUGAUGGAAAUCACAAACUGAUUCUUGGGCUCAUCUGGAGCAUCAUUCUCCACUGGCAGGUAAAGGAUGUGAUGAAGGAUGUGAUGGCGGGUCUACAGCAGACUAACAGUGAGAAGAUUCUGCUGAGUUGGGUUCGUCAGAACACACGCCAGUAUCCCCAGGUCAAUGUGGUUAACUUCUCCAGUAGCUGGAAUGAUGGAUUGGCCUUCAAUGCCCUCAUCCAUAGUCACAGGCCUGAACUUUUUGAUUGGAGCUCUGUGGAGAAGAAGACAUCAGCAAUCGACAGACUGGAACACGCCUUUAGUAAGGCAGAGCAGCACCUGGGGAUAGAGAGUCUGCUGGACCCUGAGGAUGUGGCGGUACCUCACCCUGACAAGAAGAGUAUCAUCAUGUAUGUGACGUCUCUCUUCCAAGUGCUUCCCCAAAGUGUUUCUAUGGAAGCCAUCCAGGAAGUGGAAACGUUACCCCGGGCAGCCACAGCCAACAUCACCCGUGUGAUGACAGAGGAGCACUACCAGAUCCAGACCCAGCAGCGCUUCUCCCAGCAGAUCACAGUGAAUGUGGCUCAGGGGCGAGUGCGGAGCCCCUCCCCUCAGCCUCGCUAUAAAAGCUAUGCCUACACCCAGGCUGCAUAUGUCCAGUCGCCCGAGCAAAAGAGGAGGCGUUUUACUGAUCAGUUCCUGGGUCCUGGCCAAGAGGAGCUGCAGCGGGGCCUCAGUCCUUUGCCUUCAGGCGCCACCAGCCUAGAAAGCUACCAGGCUGCGCUGGAGGAGGUCUUGACAUGGCUGCUGUCAGCUGAAGAUGGCCUCCAGGGACAGGCUCCCAUCUCAAGUCAUGUGGAGGAGGUGAAGGACCAGUUUCACACACACGAGGGGUAUAUGGUGGAGCUGACCACACACCAGAGCAGUGUAGGACGAGUCCUCCGGGCUGGUGCUGCUCUGCUGGGGGAAGGAAACCUGAGUGAAGAGGAGGAUUCUGAAGUCAGGGAGCAGAUGAACCUUCUGAACUCCCGGUGGGAGCAUCUAAGAGUGGCAAGCAUGGAGAGACAGAGCAGACUCCAUGAAGUCCUGAUGGAUCUGCAGCACCAGCAGCUGCAGCAACUCACAGACUGGUUGGAUGUGACAGAAGCACGCAUUAAGAAGAUGGGGGCUCAGCCACUGGGACCUGACCUGGAGGACAUUAAGCACCAAGUAGAGGAGCACAAGCUCCUGCAGGAGGACCUGGAGCUGGAACAGGUCAGGGUGAACUCUCUGACCCACAUGGUGGUGGUGGUAGAUGAGAACAGUGGAGACAGUGCCACUGCUGCCUUGGAGACCAAACUUCAGGUACUUGGUGACCGCUGGGCAGCCAUUUGUAGAUGGACAGAAGAACGCUGGGUUCUACUUCAGGAGAUUCUACUGAAGUGGCAGCACUUUACUAAUGAACAGUGUUUAUUUGACUCCUGGCUAACUCAGAAGGAGGAAGUGGUUCGCUCUAUUCAGACGACCAACCUGAAGGACCAGACAGAGAUGGUAGCCUGUUUGCGCCAUCUUGCUACGCUGAAGGCAGACCUUGAGGUGAAGCGUCCCACCAUGGAUAAGUUGUGCUCAAUGAGCCAGGACUUGCUGUCCAGCGUCAAGAACAAAGAGAUGGCCAGCAAAGUAGAGGCUAGACUGGAUAGCUUUGCCCAGCGUUGGGACCGACUAGUCCAGAGCCUGGAGAUGAGUAGCUCCCAGCUGUCCGCAGCUGUCAGUGCGGCCCAGCAUUCCGAGCUGACCCACUCUGUAACUGCAACUGUUACCAAAGUGACGACAAGAGAAAAGAUGUCAGCUGUGCGCCAGACCCGAGAGUCACCACCACCACAGAAGAAGAGACAAGUAGUUGUGGAUUCUGAGCUCAGGAAAAGAUACAUGCACCCCUUUCUACUUUCUUAUCUCAGCAGGUUUGAUGUGGAUUUCACAGAAGUUCACAGCUACAUGACCCGUGGUGAGGCCAUCCUACAGAGCCCUGAGUUCUCUGUGUCACGCAAGGACAGCAGUAUUCAGGAGCUGCAUGACAAAGUGCAGGCGAUAGAAAGAGAGCGACCAGAGAAGUACCGAAAGCUUCAGGAGGCCACACGCACAGCACAAGCCCUGGUCGAGCAGGAGGGGAGUCGUGCUGAUGACAUUGCCCAGGCAGCGGAACAGCUUAACCAGCGUUGGGCAGGAUUUUGCACCCUGUUGGCAGACAGGCUGGCUUGGCUGUCCUAUCAGACAAAGGUAUUGGCCUUCUACAGUUUGUAUGAGCAGUGUGAGCAGGCAGUGGACAACAGUGAGAACUGGCUCAAAGUUCAGCCUCCUCUGGCAUCUGAACCAGAACCACUCAAAGUGCAACUGGACCGAUGUCGGCACUUUUCUGAGGAAGUGGCUCGGUUGUCCUCACUGCAGCCCCAGGUGGACCUCCUGGAUACGAGGCUCAAAGAGCUGAAGGAAGAGAAGGAAGGGGACGAGGACCCCUCAACAUUCCUGGAUGUUGACAUCAAUGCCUUCAAAGAACACUACCACAAGGUUCUGGAAGACCUGAGGGCGAGAGAGAAGCACCUACAACUUGUUUUGGAGAGCUUGCCCCCAGCUCGUUACAGGGAAACCAUAUCGACGCUGUUGGCAUGGUUACAACAGUGUGAUGCCAAGCUGGCCAUUCCAUCGACAGCUGUUACAGAAUAUUCCAUUAUGGAACAGAGACUAAAGGACAAUCAGGCUCUCCAGGUUGCUUUGGCUGAACAUGAGGGGGAUGUGAACUAUCUGACUUCAGCUGUGGAGCAGGUCUUCCAGAAAGCUCCGCCAGAUGUCAGUCAGAAGUAUCGUACUGAGAUGGAUGUCAUCAUGGCACGUUGGAGACGACUGGGCUCUACUUUGACUGACAACACCCAGAGAAUACAGGAGCUCAUGGCCAAACUGAUGCAGUUUGAGAAUGAUGUAAAGACUUUAAAGAAGUGGAUGGAAGAUGUGGAUGUCUUCCUAAAUGAGGAAUGGCCAGCACUUGGAGACUCUGAGGCACUGGAGAAACAAUUAGAGCAGUGCACGGCUUUGGUGAAUGACAUUCACACCAUCCAACCCAGUGUCAAUGGCAUCAAUGAGGUGGGCCUGUUCCUAAAGAAAGAGGCUGAGCCACAGUUUGCUGUCCACAUCAAGAAAGAACUGGACUUACUCAACACCCAGUGGGAAAACAUCUGCAAACAGGCCUAUGCAAAGAAGUCAGCUCUGAAAGGUGGCCUUGACAAGACUAUGGCUCUAAGGAAGGAAAUGCAGGAGAUGCAGGAGUGGAUCAACCAGGCUGAGGAAGACUACCUGGAGAGAGACUUUACAUACAAGACACCUGAAGAGCUAUGCAAGGCUGUUGAGGAGCUAAAGACGGCCCAGGAAGAGGUUCACUCUAAGGAGCAAAAGGUCAAACUCUUGACUGACAGUGUGAAUAGUUUCAUUGCCAAGGCCCCACCCACAGCCCAUGAUGCCUUGCACUCAGAGCUGAAUGUACUGACAGCCAACUACCAGCGCCUGUGCAGCCGUCUGGAUGGGAAAUGUAAAACUCUUGAGGAGGUGUGGGCAUGUUGGUGUGAACUAUUGUCCUACAUCGAGCAGGAGAAUGCCUUUCUGGACCAGUUGGAGGAGAAACUGCACAAGAUGGAAAACUUGCCAGGAGCAUCUGAGGAGCUACAAAAGGCACUGGAUAGCCUUGAGGUUCUGUUGCAGCAUCCAGAAGACAACAGGAACCAGAUUAGAGAGCUUGCCCAGACACUCAUGGAUGGAGGCGUUCUGGAUGAGCUGAUUCAGCAAAAAUUGGAUGCUUUCAACACCCGAUGGGAUGAACUUAUGUCGAGGGCAGCACUCAGGCAAAAGGAGCUGGAGACGAGUCUCCAAUGGGCCCAGGAGAAUGACAAGACGCUGAAGCAGAUCCAGGAGUCUUUAGCCAACACAAACCGUCACCUUACUGCGUACCUGGCUGAUCAAAUUGAUGCUCAGCAGAUACCACAGGAGGCUCAGAAAAUCCAGUUGGAGCUGAGCAGCCAUGAGAGGACCCUGGAGGACUUAACGAAGAAGAAUCAGGGCAAGGAGCCUUCCCAGAGGAUCACGGGACAGAUGGACCUUACCCAGAAAAUGCUGGCAGAUGUGUGGACCAAGUUCCGUCUUUUCCAGAAGCCGGCCAACUUUGAUUCUCGGCUGGCCGAGUGCGAACGUGUGCUCUCUGGGGUCAAAAGUCAAAUGGCAGUGCUGGACAUCUGCAGUGUGGAGCAGGACGUGGUGCAGUCACAGCUGGAGCAGUGCAUGAAGCUUUACAAGGUGCUGAGUGAAGUGAAAGGGGAGGUGGAGACAGUUAUAAAAACAGGCAGACAAAUCGUACAGCGGCAGCAGACUGAGCAGCCCAAAGAACUGGACGACAGAGUAACAGCCCUGAAACUGCUGUAUAACCAGAUGGGAGCUCAGGUGACUGAGAGUAAGUUGGAGCUGGAGAAGAGCCUGAAGUUGUCGAGGAAGCUGCGUAAGGAGCUGAACGGGCUGACAGAGUGGCUUGCUGCCACUGAUGCUGAGUUGACGAGGCGCUCUGCAGUGGAUGGAAUGCCGAGUGACCUGGAAGCUGAGGUGGCAUGGGCACAGUCCAUCCACGGGGAGACAGAGAGACAUCAGCCGCAGCUGCAGGCAGUCGUGGACCUUGCCGAGGCCCUAAAGGCUGUGCUGCGGGGCCACGGAGGUCUUGUGGAUGACAAAGUUAGCCUGCUGCACUGCAACUGGAUUGCAGUCACAUCUAGAGCAGAAGAAUGGCUCAAUCUGCUGCUGGACUACCAGCGACAGAUGCAGAAGUUGGAUGGAGAAAUACAGGAUGUGAAUGGAUGGAUCAAUGGUGCAGAGAGAAAAAUGGAUGAGAUAGACAACCAGGGACCCAAUGACGCUGUGCUGAAGGUGUUGCGUGCAGAGCUGGAGCUCACCAGAGGAAAGAUGGAGGAGGUAAGGUUUCUGGCCCAGGAGCUAAUGUCCACCAGGGGGGAAAUCUGCCAGGCCCAGGUCAGGCCCAAGUUGGAACAACUUAACCAGAGAUUUGACAACAUCUCUCAACGCAUUGCCUCUGGAAUGACGGCAGCAUCAGCCAAGGAGCUGGAGCAGUACCACAGUGAUGCACAGGUCUGGCUUGAGCUCCUGGAAGAAGAAGUCAAGCAAGGGGAAAACCUGAAGGAAGAAGACUUUAUGGAGGGCAAGGACUGUGAGGAAGAUGCAGUUAAGGAGUUAUUGUUAAAAGGGGAGAAUCUACAGAAGAGAGUCCCAGAUCUGGACAAGAGAGAGGAGAUCAGACUUAAGCACAACCAGCUGAACAGCAAGUACAACACAGUGAAGGACCUGCGUUUACUUCGGAACAGGAAGGCAUUGGCCAUCGCUCCCCAGUGGUACCAGUACAGGAGGAAGUCACACGAUCUGCUGGCCUGGCUAGAUGACAUUCAACGCAGAGUGGACUUACUGCCUGACCCCCCCGAAGGAGAGAGGGUCAAGGAAAUUGGCUCAGAGUUCGACAAGAAGAAGAAGGAGCUUAAGGAGGUGCAGGGCUUAGCCAAUCAGCUUUCAGAGGCUGGAGCCACCAGUCUAGUGGAGCCCCACCAACUCCAGCUCAACACACGCUGGGUUGACGUGGAGGGCAAGUUCAUACCCUUCAAAAGACGAUGUGAGUAUAUCACAGAGCUGCAGGCGCUGCUGUGUUCGGUGUCGGAGACGGACUUCAAGCUGAACUCUCCUGAAUACUGGCCUGCAGCAUAUUAUAACCUGUCUCAGCAGGAGCACUGCUUGAAGGAGGUAAAGGGGAACAUUGACAAGCUGCGUGAUCCAGUGGAUAGAGCACUGACCCACAGGGAUAAAAUGGUGUCUGGUGCUUGGCCUCUGGAGGGCCAAAAGAUCCAGGAGACCACCGGCCUACUCAGUAUCAACUGGGAAAAACUGAACAAGCUCCACCAGGACAGACAAAAGCGUUGGCAGGAUUGCAACUCCAAGUGGCAGAAGUUUGUUUCAGAUCAGAAGGCUCUUGAGGAGUGGCUGAAUGAUGCUGAGAGAACUUUGAAACUGGCCGAGAGUGACCCAGCAGCACAUAGACAGCACCUCAGGGACUUGACGGAGAUAAUGCCCCUCCAGGAAGUGGUGUUGGGCAGAGUGAACUCUGCAGGAGUGGACAUAAGCCAGUUGAGCACACCAGAUGAUGCCUUACUGCUCCGCUCACAGCUCAAAUUACUGAACACUCGCUGGACCAACGUCUGCCAGCAGCUCAACGAACACAAAAGGAGGUCUGCAGAGACACACACCAUGGCUGCAGAGCUGCAGGAGAAUGUUGGUUUGAUGCUGGGCUGGCUAGACAAAGCUGAGGGCAUCCUGGCCAUCCCUGUGAAGCCUGUGGAGCCAAAACACAUCAGAGACACUCUGGCGAAAGUUCAGAUUUGUGUGGAGGAGCUUCCUGCCAAGAAUGCAGCAGUGGAGGAUCUGAACUCCAGGCACAAACAGUUAACACUUCCCGCUGAAAAACAGAAAGACAUCAGGAUCAUAAACACUCGCUGGUCUCAGGUGUCCAAGGCUCUUCCUGAACGUCAGCUGGAGAUCGAAGGUCUACUGAGGGAGAUAGAGAAGCUUCAGUGUCAUCUGGAUGACCUAACAGUCUGGGCAUCAAGCACCAGAGCCAAGCUGGAGCACUGCCCUGAAGAGCCACCUGCAAGGCUUAUUAAGGAAGUGCAAGUCAAACAUCCAGAAGUAGAGUUUGUGUUGGAGCGAGCUGAUCAGCUGUACAAGGACACUCCUCAUGGGCAGCCUGACAAGAUGAAAUAUGUGGAGCUAAGGGAAUCUUGGACAGUAAUCCUGGAGCUAUGCCAGCAGCAUAAGGAGAGGAUGGCUGCUCAGCUAAUUACCAAAAAAGACAAUGAGGGUCGGACUGGAAGUUCCCAGCCUGAAUAUACAGCACUGGCUCAGUUCAACAAGUCCUGGGUGGAGCUCAUUGAGUGGCUGACCACGUUGGAUAACAUGGUGCAGAACAAGCGGGUGGUGGUGGGUGAUCUUGACGACAUCAGCAACAACAUCAGACAGCUCAAGGCUUCGCUGCAGGAUCUUGAUCAGCGUCGCCCACUCCUGGAGAAUCAGAUCACAGCAGCCCAGAACCUGAAGAACAAAACCAGCAGCCAGGAGACCCGCAAUGCUGUUUCUGAAUGCAUUGAUAAGCUUCAGGCUUACUGGGAAGAUUCUCAGACAAAAUUAUCUGAUAGGAUGAAGCAGCUCCACAACAUGCUGCAGGACUCUACCAACUGGCUGGAUGCCAAGAAGGGGGUGGAUCAUCUCAUCAAACAGGCCAAUGAGAGAUUGGACUCAUGGCAAGAGAUCACUUACACAGUGGAAACACUGAAAAAACAAAACGCUGAGCUAAAGCUGUUAAUGAAGGAGCUGCAGCAAUCACAGAUACAGGUAGAAGAAACCAACGCACUUGCCAACAAACUGCUGACACUGUACACCAAUGAUGACACUCACAAGGUCACCCAAAUCAACAACAACAUGGAGGCAACCUGUGCACACAUCAACAAACGUGUUUCAGACAGGGAGGCAGCUCUGGAAGCUGCUCUGAAGCUGCUGCAGCAGUUCUACCUUGAUCUGGAGAAGUUCCUCAACUGGCUAACAGAGGCUGAGACAACCUGUAAUGUUUUAAUAGAUGCCACCACCAAGGAGAGAAUGCAGGAGCAACCUGAGGCAGCUAGGAACCUGCUGGCACAGUGGAAGGACCUCCAAACAGAGAUUGACAGCCACACAGAGCUGUAUCACUCCCUGGAUGAAAGUGGUCAGAGGGUUCUCACAUCACUGGGAGACUCAGAGGAUGGUGUUCUGCUCAGAAGACGUCUGGGCAAUAUGACCCAGCGCUGGAAUGACCUGUGCAACAAGACCCUGAGCAUGAGGGCACACCUGGACUCAGAGAUGGCCCCCUGGAAGAGGGUCCACAUGUCUCUGCAGGAGCUGUUGAACUGGCUGAGGCUUAAAAGUCAACAACUGGAGCAGGAGCCACCUGUAGGGGGGGAUGUCCCAGCAGUGCAGGCACAGUUGGACAUACACCGGGGUUUCAAGAGGGACUUGAGAGCUAAGGAGCCCGUUGUGACCAAAGCUCUGGAUGAUGUUGAAGUCUUUCUGUCUGAACUUCCACGAGACACACCAUCACCUGAGCAGAGAGCUAUCAGCCCAGAGGAGCGUGCACAUAAUGUGGGGCGAAUCCUGCGCAAAGAGGCAGACGACAUGAUAAGCAAGUGGGAUCGGCUCAAUGCUGACUCAGCUGACUGGCAGAGGAGAUUGGAGUUGGCCCUGGACAAGCUGAUGGAGCUACAGAAGGCAGAGGACCUGCUGGAUGGACAGCUGAGACAGGCAGAGAUGGUAAAGGAUGCGUGGGAACCUGUAGGAGAUAUCCUGAUUGACUCGUUGCCGGACCAUAUUGACAGAGUCAAGGAGUUUCAGGAAGAAAUUGCGCCAAUUAAGGAUGAUGUGACGCACAUGAACCAGUUAGCGUCUACUUUCAAUCUUUCUGAUAUCCAGUUAUCAUCUAGAAAUCUGGAACGCAUUGAAGAUCUUAACACACGAUGGAGCUUGCUCCAGAUCUCCAUCAAGGAGCAUCUCAAGCAGCUGACAGACGCUCACAGGGACUUUGGCCUUACACAUGGAUCUGUGGAGAGCCCCUUUGAGCAGGGCAUCUCCCCAAACAACGUGCCCUACUACAUCAACCAUCAGACCCAGACAACAUGCUGGGACCAUCCCAAGAUGGCUGAGCUCUACCAGUCUUUGGCUGACCUGAACAAUGUUCGAUUCUCGGCCUACCGGACAGCCAUGAAGCUCAGACGCCUGCAGAAGGCUCUCUGCUUGGACCUGUUAAGCAUGCCGACAGCAUGUGAGGUAUUCGACCAGCACAGUCUAAAGCAGAACGAGCAGCUGCUGGACAUCUCUCAGCUGGUCACUUGUCUCACAAGUCUCUACCAGCGACUUGAGCAGAGCCACUCCCACCUGGUCAACGUCCCGCUGUGCGUUGACAUGUGUCUCAACUGGCUGCUUAACGUCUACGACACUGGUCGCACUGGAAAGAUCCGGACUCUGUCAUUCAAAACUGGAAUCAUCUCACUCUGCAAGGCUCACCUGGAAGAUAAAUACAGAUUCUUGUUUCGACAGGUCGCCAGUGCAACGGGCUUCUGUGACCAGCGUCGACUGGGACUCCUCCUCCAUGACUCAAUUCAGAUCCCCCGACAGCUUGGCGAGGUUGCCUCCUUUGGUGGCUCCAACAUCGAGCCCUCCGUCCGCAGCUGCUUUCAGUUUGCCAAUAACAAACCUGAGCUUGAGGCUUCCGUGUUCUUGGACUGGAUGCGCCUGGAGCCUCAGUCCAUGGUGUGGCUACCUGUCCUGCACCGUGUCGCUGCAGCAGAGACUGCCAAGCACCAGGCCAAGUGCAACAUCUGCAAGGAAUGUCCGAUCAUAGGCUUCAGAUAUCGGAGCCUGAAACAUUUCAACUAUGACAUUUGCCAAAGCUGCUUCUUCUCCGGCCGUGUCGCAAAGGGACACAAGAUGCAGUACCCCAUGGUUGAGUACUGCACCCCGACUACAUCAGGGGAGGAUGUCAGGGACUUUGCCAAGGUGCUGAAGAACAAAUUCAGGACUAAGCGCUACUUCGCCAAACACCCACGCAUGGGCUACCUGCCUGUCCAAACCAUCCUGGAGGGAGACAACAUGGAAACUCCUGUCACACUGAUCAACUUCUGGCCUGUAGACCAUGCGCCUGGAUCAUCCCCUCAGCUCUCACAUGAUGACACGCAUACACGGAUCGAGCACUACGCCAACCGGUUAGCAGAAAUGGAGAAUCGUAAUGGCUCUUAUCUGAAUGACAGUAUCUCACCCAAUGAGAGCAUCGAUGACGAGCACAUGUUGAUCCAGCACUACUGCCAGUCUCUGAACCAAGGCUCUCCUCUUAGCCAGCCCCGCAGUCCUGCCCAGAUCCUCAUCUCCAUGGAGACGGAGGAGAAGGGAGAGCUGGAGAGGGUCCUUAAUGACCUGGAGCAGGAGAACAGGAAGCUACAAGCUGAGUACGACCGCCUGAAGAAGGCACACGACAGAAAGGGUCUGUCCCCACUGCCAUCGCCCCCGGAGAUGCUCCCAGUUUCACCGCAGAGUGCACGUGAUGCUGAGCUCAUUGCCGAGGCUAAACUGCUCCGGCAACAUAAAGGCCGUCUGGAGGCACGGAUGCAGAUCCUGGAGGACCACAACAAACAGCUUGAGUCCCAACUUCACAGGCUGAGACAGUUGCUGGAGCAGACGGAUUCCAAGGUGAACGGCACAGCUCUGUCCUCCCCAUCCACUUCCUCUCAGCGUUCUGACUCCUCUCUCCCUCUGCUUCGUGUGGCUGCCAGCCAAACUACUGAUACAAUGGGUGAUGAUGAGCUUUCCAGCCCUUCCCAAGAUGUAAUUGGGCUGGAGGAAGUGAUGGAACAGCUCAACAAUACUUUCCCUCACAGCCAGGGUCCCAGCAUUGGCAGUUUGUUCCACAUGGUUGAUGAUCUGGGCCGUGCCAUGGAGUCACUGGUCAGUGUGAUGACAGACGAAAGGAGCACCAAACAGCACGAGGCCCUGCACUUCUGAUCCUGCCUUUAACCCCACCUCCUCUCUCUCUUCCCUCUCCACCAUCUUUCCCUACCUCCCUGCCUAUCGCAUGCUUUUCUAGUCAAAACAACUGGAUU